GGCGGCGUCUGGGGAAAUGCGGGUGCCGGGGCAAGAUGGCGGCGCACCUGUCCUACGGGCGAGUGAACCUGAACGUGCUGCGCGAGGCGGUGCGUCGGGAGCUGCGCGAGUUCCUGGACAAGUGCGCUGGGAGCAAGGCAAUAGUGUGGGAUGAGUACUUAACAGGACCAUUUGGACUGAUCGCACAGUACUCACUACUAAAGGAACAUGAAGUGGAAAAAAUGUUCACACUUAAAGGAAGUCGUUUGCCGGCAGCUGAUGUGAAGAAUAUCAUUUUUUUGGUCAGACCCAGGCUAGAGUUGAUGGACAUAAUUGCUGAGAAUGUACUCAGUGAGGACAGGCGUGGCCCUGCCAGGGAUUUCCAUAUUUUGUUUGUGCCUCGCCGGAGCCUACUGUGUGAGCAACGGCUGAAGGACCUGGGAGUUUUGGGAUCCUUUAUUCAUCGAGAAGAAUACAGUUUGGAUCUCAUUCCAUUUGAUGGGGACCUCUUAUCCAUGGAGUCAGAGGGGGCUUUCAAAGAGUGCUACCUGGAAGGCGACCAGACUAGCCUGUACCACGCAGCCAAGGGGCUGAUGACCCUGCAGGCGCUGUAUGGAACUAUCCCUCAGAUCUUUGGGAAAGGAGAGUGUGCUCGGCAAGUGGCCAAUAUGAUGGUCAGGAUGAAGAGGGAGUUCACGGGAAGCCAGAACUCAGUGUUCCCCGUGUUUGAUAACCUCUUGCUGCUUGAUCGCAACGUGGAUCUCCUGACGCCACUCGCCUCCCAGCUCACGUAUGAAGGCCUCAUCGAUGAGAUUUACGGCAUUCAGAACAGUUAUGUGAAGUUGCCUCCAGAGAAGUUUGCACCCAAGAAGCAGGGCGGCGGCGGCGGGAAGGACCUUCCCACGGAGGCCAAGAAACUUCAGCUCAACUCCGCAGAGGAGCUCUACGCCGAGAUCCGGGACAAGAACUUCAACGCUGUUGGCUCUGUGCUCAGCAAGAAGGCGAAGAUCAUCUCUGCAGCGUUCGAGGAGCGACACAACGCUAAGACAGUCGGGGAGAUCAAGCAGUUCGUGUCCCAGCUACCCCACAUGCAGGCAGCCAGGGGAUCGCUUGCCAACCACACCUCAAUUGCAGAGUUAAUCAAAGACGUCACCACUUCUGAAGACUUCUUUGAUAAGUUGACAGUGGAGCAGGAGUUCAUGUCCGGGAUAGACACUGAUAAGGUCAACAGUUACAUCGAGGACUGCAUUGCCCAAAAGCAUCCACUCAUCAAGGUGCUGAGACUGGUCUGCCUCCAGUCUGUGUGCAACAGCGGGCUCAAGCAGAAGGUGCUGGACUAUUACAGAAGGGAGAUCCUCCAGACCUACGGCUAUGAGCACAUACUGACCUUGAACAACCUGGAGAAGGCCGGCCUGCUCAAGGCUCAGACAGGGGGCAGAAACAAUUACCCAACAAUCCGGAAAACACUGCGCCUCUGGAUGGACGAUGUCAAUGAACAAAACCCCACAGACAUAUCCUAUGUGUACAGCGGUUAUGCUCCACUCAGCGUGCGACUGGCUCAGCUCCUUUCCCGGCCAGGCUGGCGGAGCAUCGAGGAGGUUCUCCGCAUUCUCCCAGGGCCCCACUUUGAAGAAAGGCAGCCACUGCCCACUGGGCUGCAGAAGAAACGCCAGCCAGGAGAAAACAGAGUCACACUGGUAUUUUUCCUCGGGGGCGUCACCUUUGCAGAAAUAGCCGCCCUGCGCUUUCUGUCCCAGCUGGAAGAUGGAGGCACCGAGUAUGUCAUUGCGACCACUAAACUGAUGAAUGGAAACAGCUGGAUAGAAGCUCUCAUGGAAAAGCCUUUCUAGAGUAUCAGAGGAGACACGACAGGUCACCACACAAUGAGCUGCCUCUGUGGACGUGUUGCCAAAGGAUGUAAGGCCAGGAGCAGGAAGACGGAAGCAGUGGGCACAUGUUCCUUCCUGCUCCUCUCUAUGCUCUUAAUCCUAAAGAAGGGACGAGCAACCUGGAUGAAGGGAUGAUGAGCUGGGCAUAAGAGACAGAGGCAGGAGGAUUGCUGCAAGCUUGAGGACAACCUGGGCUCCAUAGUGAGUUCCAGGCCAAAGCUCUCCCUUCCAGAAAUAAAGGAGAUCCUGUUUCAGAAUUUUUAAGCCUCAAGUCUUCAUUUUCUGGAAAUGGCUAAGACUAUGGGUCUGAUAGCCCUGGCAGCCACAUGACUGCACAGACAUUAAAAGCAGAGCUGAGGGGAUGAAGUCAAAAGGAGAAUCAGAAUUCUGACCACUGAUCCACAGUGGCAUAUUCUAGAAGACGUCCCAUGCCCAGGACCGUGAUUCUCUGUUGACUCGGAAGCCAGCAUUGUCCAGUGUGUGUGCUUUCCUGCAGAGCACAUUUGUGUCUCCAGUCUCUACCGAGUUAUUCCUAAGGUGAGCUUUGUUUCCUUCUGAACAACUGAGAGGUUCGAAGGGGCUUCUUGGCAUAAUGAUAUUUCUGCUCUCUGCGUUAGCCAUGACUGAGCAGGUCUCUGCCCGGAAGGAACUGAUAAAGAGUGAGCUGACGCCAGGCAGCCUCUUCCAGCUAACCGUCCAAAGACACUUCUUAGUGUGCAUGUUGGUAACUCCUGGACUCACCAGUGUAGGCGCUCCUGCCGGGACUUCCGUUUUCCUCCAUGUCCUCCGUGGGCAGUUCUUCAGUUCUUUCAAUAUCAUGAAGCUCUGUCUCUGUGGUAACUGCCACACACAGCUCUCUAGCCCUCUGGCUGUACUCAACUCUGCACAUCCCCUUUCCCUGAAAAUACUCAGGUGGUCAGUGCACUGCGGUCAGUGUCAGUCACAAGGGACAAGUGUCACCAGUGCUCAGGGUAGAGCACGGCCGGAAGCAGGAGCAGGCAUGGCCUCCUGAUCAUCUCAGCAUCUGAAGGAGUUAAGAGCACCAAGUUGGGGACCACAUUGAUGGCUUUCCUGUCAUCACUCAAGUCUCCAGAAAAGCUAGCCUGUUUCAGCCAGUCCUGGUCCUAGCCCAGGUGCAGUUUCUAUGGUUAAUAUUUUCUUCUUGCUUUUCUCAUGUAGAGUCAGGAACAAUACACUGCAUUUAAAAGAAAGAGUAUUUAAAAGAAAAAAACCUAGGAAUAAAGGAUGGCAAAGAUGAUGUUUGCUUCUCGUGGCGUUAGUUCAGCCUUGAUAUUCAGUAUUGAGAGUGUCAGGCGGUGUGGGGCGCAUUCCCAAAUGGGAAAUCAUUCCUGACUUAGAAAACCCCUUCUCAGAUUCUUGUUACUCCAGGGAGACUAGUUUUACCUUCGAGCCCCAGCAAUGGGUAGUCUCAGCUGCCAGGGACUCAAUCCACCUUGUCCUCAGUGUUUUCCACUCUAGGGAUUCAGGGCAAGCCUGUCCACGUCUCCUUGGUGUGGGUGUUGUCCAGUGAACAGAUACUCAGUUGGAGUCUCAUGUGUCUGCAUUUGUUUCUGAGUCUAUGUUUGCUUUCUCAGAGCAUAGCAAGGUCAACUCCUAAAAAUGUACCCAGCAGAAGACCUUUUUGAAAAACCACACACUUGCUUCCUCUGUAUUCACACACAAAGUGGUGGUAUCAUACAUUAUUCCCUGUGAUGUAAGUCCCCUUAGUACUCAAAGCUGCCUUUGUCUCUUAAGAGCGUGCUCUGAGAAAGGCUGUGGGAACGGAAGGCUUAUUCUUAGACAGGGUGGUUUGUUUACCCCAUGUCUGGACUUGUCCUGAGUCUGAGGACCAUUCUGCUGCACUGCCUGUCCUGAUUAAAGACGUCUAUGUAGAUGCUA